AUGGACAUGGAGACGAAGAAACCAUACAUGGUGGUUACUGUAAUACAACUCAUAUAUGCAAUCAUGUUUUUGAUCUCCAAAGCUGUCUUCAAUGGCGGAAUGAACACAUUCGUCUUCGUUUUCUAUCGUCAAGCUUUCGCUACCAUCUUCUUGGCUCCUCUUGCUUUCUUCUUCGAGCGGAAAAGUGCUCCACCUCUUUCAUUUGUGACGUUCAUCAAGAUCUUCAUGCUCUCUUUAUUUGGGGUGACAUUGGGUUUGGACUUAAACGGAGUCGCAUUAUCAUAUACGUCGGCGACUUUGGCGGCCGCCACAACAGCUUCCCUUCCGGCCAUCACAUUCUUUUUGGCUCUCUUUCUUGGAAUUGAGACGCUUAAGAUUAAGAGCAUACAAGGGACAACAAAGCUUGUGGGGAUAGCUGUGUGCAUGGGAGGGGUAAUCACCUUAGCCCUUUACAAAGGUCCACUACUGAAAUUACCUAUAUGCCCUCACCUCUAUCACGGCCAAGAACAUCCUCACCGGAAUAUUGCCGGUGGUUCCACCUCGUGGCUUAAAGGAUGUGUCAUGAUGGUCAUCUCCAACAUUUUGUGGGGUCUCUGGCUAGUCUUGCAGGGUCGUGUAUUAAAGGUCUAUCCUUCGAAGCUAUACUUCACAACUCUUCAUUGUCUGUUGAGUUCCAUUCAAUCCUUCGUCAUCGCGAUUGCUUUCGAGAGAGAUAUCUCAGCAUGGAAGCUUGGCUGGAACCUACGACUCGUCGCAGUCAUUUACUGCGGAUUCAUUGUAACAGGCGUAGCGUAUUAUUUGCAAUCAUGGGUUAUAGAAAAGAGAGGACCUGUCUUCUUAUCAAUGUUCACUCCUUUGUCCCUUGUCUUCACUAUCCUCUCUUCAGCGUUUCUCUUAUGCGAGAUCAUCAGUCUUGGAAGUAUUGUAGGUGGAUUAUUGUUGAUUAUAGGACUCUACUGUGUCCUAUGGGGAAAAAGUAGAGAGAAGAAGAUAAACCGUGGUGAUGAGAAGAUUGAUCUACAGAAGGAAAGCGAUGUCGUUUGCAAUGAAGUGAAGAUUGUCGUUAGUUGA